UGAAAAUUUUAUCAAUUGAUGUUUAUUUUCAAACUACGUGCUACGACAUGAAAAAUUGAAUCGACUUUCUAUCGUUAGAUUCAUUAUACCUAAUGAUACUUCGCGCUGGGAUACGAGCGUUGCAACGUUACGUCGCGAAUUUGUUUCGCAAGGGCACAGGAAGAUCGCGCGCAAGUGUCGCGCGUUGUAAAUCGUACGUAUAGCCGUGCUAAUACCACAGGCGAAAUUAUCUCGUGCGCGCGUGUGUGUAUACAUGUGUACACAUCGUCGUCGUCGUCGUUGUCGUCCGCGAGGUUCUUCUGUCGUCGGUGUCUUUGGUCGAGCCAAGAGCUGCGCUGCCAGAAAAUAUAUCAAAACUCGCUCGCUGUGUGCAGUUCGGGACGAUUUCAUUCGUCAACAUCACAUAAAUUUCGUUGUCCAGUGAUCGAAAUUCGACAAAAGGUUGUAAAAUGUCCUCCGCACCAGUGACCGUACCCAAGAAGAGCGAGGAGCAGCAGCAGCAGCAGCUGAUCAACAAAAGCGAGGAUGCACUCUCGAGAUCGCCGGUAAUCGGCCGCGAGAUGGUCAACAGCAUCGAGAACGAUCAAGAAGUCGGCGUGCCACUGCAAACGCCUUGGACAUUCUGGCUCGACAAAGCAAUAUCCGGAACGACGACGGAGGAGUACAAAGCCAAUUUAAAAAAGAUCUACACCGUGAACACGGUACAGAAGUUCUGGGCCGUUUUCAAUCACAUCCCGAGCGCCAGUGAAAUUCAGGAACGAUACAGCUACCAUUUGAUGCGCGACGAAAGGUACCCUCUUUGGGAAGAGCCGUUCCACCAGAAGGGAGGUACCUGGAGAUUCAAGUGCCAUAAAAAUGAUACCGCGAAGGUGUGGAAGGAGGUCGUGGUGGCGGCGAUAGGCGAACAGUUCAGCGAGUGUUUGGCCGAGGACGACGAGGUUUGCGGUGUCACCGUCUCCAUUCGCGACAGAGACGAUCUUAUUCAAAUAUGGAAUACGAGUGCCGAAUUAGCGCCGAAGGCUAAACUCUUGGAAAAAGUUCACAGUCUUGUACCUGAGAUUAAAUUCGUGGCGGAAUUUUAUAAACCGCAUCAAUCGCAUCACGCGUAUAAUCGGCAUUAGGCUGCGUGUACGCAUCGACGAGCUUCCAAGCAUUGUGAUAGUUCAAACGAAUAAAUCAAAGAAGUUACUGUAUAGAGGAUAAAUAGUUCAGACUCAACUGUAUAAACAAUUUUUUACUUUUAUUAUUCACGACCGUUUCCUGUCACGUAUUGUUUAUUUAAUGUCUUGUUGAAUAAUACAUGUCAAAUAUCGCUUACUGCUUCGUAAACAUUAAAUUUUAUUUUUAUAUUUACAACUUGUGCAA